AUGGCUGUGUUUGCGGCUUUACUAUUGCUUCUCUGCGUAUUCGGCGGCAUCCUGUGGAACUAUACGCGGCUAAACACAAUCCCCGGCCCGUUGCUUGCAGGUCUAUCUGAUAUUUGGUCGCAGUGUCUCAAGUCGUCACCACGAUAUGCUUAUCGUUUGCAGCGUCUUCAUCGCAAAUAUGGCGAGGUGGUUCGCAUAGGGCCGAAGACGGUCAGCGUCACUGACCCCUCCAACAUUUUCUGGCUGGAUGCCGCCUGUCCACAAAGCUAUGUGGAUGAACCAGAAGGAGCGACUGUCAAUUCUCAGCUCAAAAGCAAUCAUCGUGUUUACCUAGACGAACAGACAGACGAUGGACCUCAACAUAAUGAUAAAAAGGACCUGGUUCUCGACUUUCUCAAAGCCAUCCGAAAACAACGUACCAUGAAACUGACUGUGUUCCGAGAUUUCGCGACGGACAUUGUUGGACGCAUGUUUGUGGGCGACCUUGAGGAUGACCGAGCAGCACCCAUGCGUACUGGGUCAAACCAAAUGGAUAGAUGCCGAUUUACAACAUCCCUGGACCAUAUUAUGUUCAAGAAUCCAGUUGCUAAGCUAAAGCGGAAACGCAACAAGAGCCUAAGAUGGGUUUCCUGCGCAGUCACCCAUUCCCGGUGGGACGAUGCGUCUAUCUUCGAGGUCUUGCCGGAGACGGGCAGAAAAACAUUUUUGCAGGCAGAAACCCGUGAAUAUGGUGGUCCGUACGCCUCUCUGAUUGUAAAAGGAGCGGACUGCAUGGUUGCCGCAUUUGUUUCAGUGUUUCGCCAUUUGUUAAAGUGCCCUACGGCUAUGUCUCAGCUCCAGCACGAGGUAGACAACGCAUUUCGCAACCUGACUUUAUCCGAUAUUCUUCAGCAAGAGACUGAGUUACACGCCCUAUCAUUCCUGGAUGCUGUCAUAAAGGAAUCGAUGCGACUUGCCUUGAGAUUUGAUUAUCUAAGAGAUGUCCCUGCGGGUGGUCUAGCAGUCUUGGGACAUUAUCUUCCUGAAGGAACGGUCGUUCAGUUUCAUUCAGAGGCUUUAAGAAAUAAUCGUACCAUCUUCGGAGAAGACGUCUCUGAUUUUCGGCCUCAAAGAUGGCUACAGGCAGACUUGGAUCAAUGGCAACGGAAACAGAUGGAAGCAUUGUUGUUUCUGCGACCGAAUAUGCCAAAUUCUGCAAAAGCUCGAGCGGCUUGGCUAGAAUUGAAGCGAGCUGCUGCCCUGAUCAUCUUGAAGUUUGAUUUGCGUCCUCUCAACUAUGAGGAAGUGUUCAUCCAGGAUGCCGUCUCUCGAGAGCAAGAAUACGAGAUCUUGGUUAACUUUACUCCUAGAAUGCAUUAA